AUGGCUCCGCCUAAGGGCUCGCGCUCCAAGACCACUACGGACCCUCCUGCUCCUCCUGUGGACACUGGUGUUAACAGCCCGGAUGAUCCUGCACUGUCGCCGAACAAGGAAGAUUCAAAUGCUGCAGUUAAUGUCCCUGCUUCGGCCGGCGGAUCUGGUCUCAGAGUUGCUGAUAAAGCUGCAGACAAUGCGACCAAAGGGAAAGCCGUCGUCGACGACUCACCUUUUGACGAUGAUGGCUUCAUUGAAGAUUCGGAUGACGAAAUGGAGAUGGAUCUGUCCCUGGAAGCGGAAUGUCGUCUUCGUACCGCUAUCAUUCUGCUUAUUCCGUUUGCCCUGCACAAGGAAAUUUCAGGCAUUAUCAUUGCUGUUCUGUCAGGUGCGCAAGAGAUACUCACAGCAGCCUCAGACUAUUUCAGAGGGAUUUUCGGGAAGGACAAGAGGCUUGAUUUCAGUGACUGGAAGCCUGUGAGGGACAGACAGCUGGGAGCUCGUGAAGCAGUGGGAUUGGAUGCAGACUGGACCGAGGAGGAGGUGCAGGCUGCUUACGCGUCACUGGCGAAAAACAAGUCGCCGGGCAGUGACGGCAUGUCAAAAGAGUUCUUCGAGGCCAACUGGGACCUCCUGGGGAAGAGCUUCAUGGCGCUGGUCAAGGAUUUCUCGGAGACGGCGGCCCUCCCGGAUGCGGUGAAGGGUGCUGUAACGAUUCUCCUGCACAAAAAAGGAGACAAGGAUCAGCUGGGGAACUAUCGGGCAAUCUCGCUGCUGAAUUUCACGUACAAAAUUCUGGCCAAGGUGUUGGCAGAACGGAUGAAGAAGGUGUUGCACCGGGUGAUCUCCCCGGAUCAAUAUGGCUUCAUUCCUGGGAGAAGGCUCACAGACGGGGUCGCGCUGGUCGCAGACAUCAUAGAUGCGGCAAAGAACAAGAGUGAAGACUGGUUCCUGCUGCUCGUUGAUUUUCAAAAAGCCUUCGACUCUGUGUCGAGGGGCUUUAUCUUCCAAGUGUUGAGGCGCAUGGGCUUCCCGGAGCGUUUUGUGUCGUGGGUUGAAGGCCUGCACUCACACACUACAACGAAGAUGUUGCUCAACGGCUGGCUGGGUGAAGGCAUUGAGGUGGUGUCAGGAGUUCGCCAAGGGUGCCCUUUAGCCCCGUACCUGUUCCUGUGCGCAGUGGAGCCGCUGGUGCAGGAUGUGGAGCGGAAAAAGCUGGGGCUGGAAAUUGGCGGGGAGAGGCUGUCGUACCUCGGGUACGCGGAUGAUACCACGCUGGCUCUGCAAGGGAAGCAGCAGAUUGUUAGGGCGGAGGGCAUCCUGACAAAGUUCGCGAAGAAGUCGGGACUGUGCAUAAACGUGGAAAAAACAGUCGUCUUACCACUCAGUCGGAACCGUGGGUACAAGGCACCGACGAGCAGUACCUUCAAGUGGGCGGAACCGGACGAUGCAGAGAGAAUGCUGGGUGUAUGGGUCACCCCGGACGGUAGCGGGCUCCCCACCUGGGAGAAGGCACUGGAGGAGAUUGCGAAAAGGCUGGUGAAAUGGAGGCAAAAAUAUCUCACGGAGAAAGCAAGGGGAGCGGUGGCGAAUGACUACAUCCAGCCGAUUAUGACUUUCCAGGCGCAGGUUUACCCGCCACCUGCGAAGAUAUGGGGGGAGCUGGAGAGAAUGAUUCACAACUUUGUCUCGGGGAACAAAGCGACAUCGACGCGGGGUUUCUUUCUCUGGAGCAAAGAGCUGCUGUACACCCCCCGGAGUGAGGGUGGCCUGGGGGUGAGGGACCCAAGCAUCACGCUCGCAUGUCUAGCCGCGAGGAGAGUCGGUCUGAUGUUGACAGAGACGAGCCAGCUGAAGCGGAAAUUAAUGAUUCAAGCGGCAGAUCUCCCGCUGGGGCUGGACACUUUCAUGUCACAUGACCGCCUCCUGCGACACUGGGAAGGGAGAAUUGCGGAGGAAAGGCUAGUGUUCAACAGGGCAAUCAUGGUCGGAACAGCCACGCCUGUGGGAGGACAGAAAGACGCUGAACCACUCUGGAAUUUUCGGUUGGGAGACAUGGUGAAGCGACUGCAGGACGGUAGCUGGGUGCUGAAAACCAUGGAGGAGCUCACAGCGAGGCUAGGAGGCAAGGGGCCGGCUAGACUUGCGCUGAGGGGUUUCGCAGCAGCGCCUGAGGAAUGGAGAACCUGCUUGCUGACCCCUCCUGCAAGCUCGGCUGGCUCUACCCCGGGGGACUGGAGGCGACUCCCGCAGCUGCCAAUCUUGAGAGACGGGGGGGUGAUUCCGCUCAAGGAGAUGAGGAGCCACUAG